UCGACGCUCUCCGGCGGAGGCGGGACUUCCUGUUAGUCGUAUAACCCAACAGAGGCCUCCUCCCCAUGCGGUUUUGAUCUGUAGGUGGACGCGCAGCUAACACCGUAAAGACCGACACGAUGGCAGAGAACGAUGUUGAGAACGAGCUGCUCGACUACGAAGAGGAUGAGGAGCCUCAGGGAGCCCCUGAGAGCGCAGCGCCCGCAGGGAAGAAGGAGGUGAAGGGGUCCUACGUUUCCAUCCACAGCUCUGGUUUUAGGGACUUUCUGCUCAAGCCAGAGCUGCUUCGCGCCAUCAUCGACUGUGGUUUUGAGCAUCCAUCUGAAGUGCAGCAUGAAUGCAUCCCACAAGCUAUUCUGGGCAUGGACAUCUUGUGCCAAGCCAAGUCUGGAAUGGGCAAGACAGCUGUGUUUGUGUUGGCCACACUGCAGCAGAUUGAACCUGUUGAUGGGCAGGUGUCUGUAUUAGUCAUGUGCCACACGCGAGAGCUGGCCUUCCAGAUCAGUAAAGAGUAUGAGCGUUUCUCCAAGUACAUGCCCACGGUAAAGGCUGCAGUAUUCUUUGGCGGCAUGGCCAUCAAGAAGGACGAGGACGUCUUGAAGAAGAACUGCCCUCACAUCGUGGUCGGAACGCCGGGCCGCAUCCUCGCUCUAACCCGGAGCAAGACCCUCACCCUGAAGAACGUCAAGCACUUUGUUCUGGAUGAGUGCGACAAAAUGUUGGAGCAGCUAGACAUGAGGCGUGACGUACAGGACAUCUUCAAGAUCACACCCCACGAGAAGCAGGUCAUGAUGUUCAGCGCCACACUGAGCAAGGAGAUCCGACCGGUCUGCCGCAAAUUCAUGCAGGAUCCCAUGGAGGUAUUUGUGGACGACGAGACCAAACUGACACUCCACGGCCUGCAACAGUACUACUGCAAGCUGAAGGACAGCGAGAAGAACCGCAAGCUCUUCGACCUGCUCGACGUGUUGGAGUUCAACCAGGUGGUGAUCUUCGUCAAGUCAGUGCAGCGCUGCAUCGCUCUGGCUCAGCUCCUGGUGGAACAGAAUUUCCCUGCCAUCGCCAUCCACAGGGGAAUGGCUCAGGAGGAGAGGCUGUCUCGCUAUCAGCAAUUCAAGGACUUCCAGAGGCGGAUCCUGGUGGCUACAAACCUCUUUGGCCGUGGGAUGGACAUCGAGCGAGUCAAUAUCGUCUUCAACUACGACAUGCCAGAAGAUUCUGACACCUAUUUGCACAGGGUGAGAACUGCAGAGGGGAAAGAGCUGCACCUGUUUUUUCCCCUUAAUGUUUGUUCGGUGUAGCUUCUCGGUGUUCUG